CGUCUGGCCCCAGGACGAGCCCGAUGCACCCGGGUCUCCAGCCUGGGUCUCCAGCGGGGGGGUCCCCACGCCCAACUCCCUGCCCCCUCCGGCCUGACUGUGGCCGCAGAAGCCAAAAGACAGAGAGAAAUGGAGGCUGGGAGGCUGGGAUGGGUGAGAGGGGAUGACUCCAGAAGAGUACCCCACUCCUUUGAAGAGCCUGGAGGGAGAUGUCAGCCCAGUCUCUUCCUGCAGCAACCCCCCCUACCCAGAAGCCCCCUCGGAUCAUCCGCCCCCGUCCCCCUUCUCGCCCCAGGGCUGCCCAGUCCCCAGGGUCCCACCACAACGGCUCUUCUCCACAGGAAGCUCCCCUCACCUCCAAUGAUGCGCCAACCCCGAUGUGCGCCCCCCUCCCCUGGGAGCCCCCAGCCUCGGCCCUCAAGCCCCCUGCUCUCCUGCUCCCCUCGGCUUCUAAAGCCAGCCUCGACUCCCAGACUUCCCCAGACUCGCCUUCCAGCACCCCCAGUCCAGGUUCCAGGCGCUCCGUCACCCCGGAACCCGCCCCCCAGUCUCCAGUUCCCCCACCCAAACCCUCCGGAUCACCCCACACUCUGCCUUUGCUCCCCAAGGCUGGGGACCUGGCCCAGGGUGGCUCUGCCUCUGCGCCAGGCACUGUGCGGAGACUGGCUGGCAGGUUUGAGUGGGGGACUGAAGGCAAGGUCCAGGCUGCCGAUGCCCUGGAGUCGGGUCCUCAAGGGGCCAUGGAUGUGAAUGGGGAGAGAGAGGCUCCACCUAGCAACCUUGCUGGGAGCGGGUCACAGGAGAAUGGUGCUCCUGAUGCUGCCCCGGCCUGCCCUCCCUGCUGCCCCUGCGUCUGCCACAGAGGCCGGCCUGGCCUGGAGCUCCGAUGGGCACCUGUGGGGAGCUAUGAAGAUGGCCCUAGGGCUUUCUGCCGGGCCUCCCCCCUGAGGACCUCCCGCUCGCGCCCCAACCCUCCAAGCCUCAGUCUUCCCCCCGUGGUCCUUACGUCCUACCGCUCCACUGCCGAGCGCAAACUCUUACCACCCCUCAAAGCCCCCAAACCAGCGUGGGUCAGGCCAGACACCACGGCCCCUGGGGACCGCCUGCAGCCAGAUCCUGAUCUGCCCUCAGAAGACGGAGUCCCAGCAGGGGACAGUCCCGAUGAAGGUCGUCAGGAUACUCCUCCGGCAUCUCUGGAGGGCAGGGACAAGGAGGGGCUGGAGUCACUGAAGGAGCAGAACUGGGAGCUGCCCCUGCAGGACGAACCCCUGUACCAGAACUAUCGAGCGGCGGUGCUGUCGGAAGAGCUCUGGGGGGUCGGCGAGGACGGGUGUCCCUCUCCCACAAACCCCGGCGAGGCUCCCACCUUCGCACGGCCCCCCGGACCUCGCAACACGCUCUGGCAAGAGCUCCCGGCCGUGCAGGCCAGCGGCUUCCUAGACACCCUCAGCUCCCAGGAGAGGCGCAUGCAGGAGAGCCUCUUUGAGGUGGUGACCUCCGAGGCCUCCUACCUGCGCUCCCUGCGGCUGCUGACGGACACCUUUGUGCUGAGCCAGACCCUCCGGGACACGCUCACCCCCCGGGACCACCACACCCUCUUCUCCAACGUGCAGCGAGUCCAGGGAGUCAGCGAGCGGUCAGUGGGGGCCUGUCCGAGCACCAAGCCGGGCCUCAGGCCGCUGAGCACUCCCUUAGCGUGCUGCUUGUCCCAGGUCCUCCCUUCCACGGGCCCAGAUAGCGCCCAGCUCUCGGUGAGCCCUGGUACUGUGCCCCACUUCCAUGGCUUGUUCCCCGACCCCUCCAGGUUUCUGGGGGCGCUGCUAUCCCGCGUGCGCGCUUCCCCCCACAUCAGCGACCUGUGUGACGUGGUGCAUGAGCAUGCCGUGGGCCCCUUCUCGGUGUACGUGGAUUACGUGCGGAACCAGCAGUACCAGGAGGAGACCUACAGCCGCCUGAUGGACACGAACGUGCGCUUCUCCGCCGAGCUGCGGCGCCUGCAGAGCCUCCCCAAGUGCGAGCGGCUGCCGCUGCCGUCCUUCCUAUUGCUGCCUUUUCAGCGCAUCACCAGGCUCCGGAUGCUGGUGCAGAAUAUCCUGCGGCAGACAGAGGAGGGGUCCAGCCGCCAGGAGAACGCCCAGAAAGCCCUGGGUGCUGUCAGCAAGAUCAUUGAGCGUUGUAGCGCCGAGGUGGGGCGCAUGAAGCAGACGGAGGAGCUGAUCCGACUCACUCAGAGGCUGCGCUUUCACAAAGUCAAGGCCCUGCCCCUGGUGUCCUGGUCCAGGCGCCUGGAAUUGCAAGGGGAGCUGACCGAGUUAGGGUGCCGGAGGGGGGGUGUGCUGUUCACCUCGCGCCCCCGCUUCACCCCCCUCUGCCUGCUGCUCUUCAGCGACCUGCUGCUCAUCACUCAGCCCAAGAGUGGGCAGCGGCUGCAGGUCCUGGACUAUGCCCAUCGCUCCCUGGUCCAGGCCCAGCAGGUUCCCGACCCGUCUGGACCCCCGACGUUCCGCCUCUCCCUCCUCAGCAACCACCAGGGCCGCCCCACCCACCGGCUCCUCCAAGCCUCAUCCCUAUCGGACAUGCAGCGAUGGCUGGGAGCCUUCCCUACCCCUGGCCCCCUUCCCUGCUCCCGAGACACCGUCUAUGACAACUGUGACUGUUCGCAGGACCUGUGUUCAGAGCCUUCGGCACCGGCCAGGACUGAGGUACGGCGUCUGGAGUCCAGGGCUCUGCCCAGACACCUGCACAAGAGCCCCGAAGGCUGGCUAAAGGGCUUUCCUGGGGCCUUCCCUGCCCAGUUGGUGUGUGAAGUCACAGGGGAACACGAAAGGAGGAAGCACCUUCGCCAGCACCAGAGGCUCCUCGAGGCCGUUGGGCCCUCUUCAGGCCCCCCCAGCGCUCCCCCACCCUAAGGCCGGCCGGGGGGCAGUGGGUGGUGGUGCACAGGUUGGGACAGCUGGCACGUGGCAAAGGGAGGGCCAAGCCCAUCCAUCCAUUGGAUUCGCUGUCAGUGGAAACGCUACCUCUAUUGGCAACCAAUAGGGACGGAGCUUCUGGAGAGGGCAGCCAAUGAGCACCCAGGAAAGAGAAUAAGGGCGGCUUGAGUGAGUGGCCAAUGGAGACAGACUUAGUGCAGAGCAGCCAAUGGACGCUGAGCUGGCCGAGCCCCUGGCCAAUGAGUAUCGCUGCUCCACUCAGAGCCAAGGAAGACCAAGCUCGGUCAGUAAAGUUUUAAGAAGGGCUUCGCCGGAGAUCAAGUCGGGAUAAAAUAGCCAGCGGCGAUGAGCAGGGCGCCAUCUGGCCACCGGAGAUGGGGGUCUGGGCUCCGGAGACCGGUAGUGUCCCGGCCCGGUUCUCCAGCCACAGCUGUCCUGCCUUUUGAGUCUGGGAAGCUUUAGAUUCCUUUCCUGGGGUGCCUCCUGUGCCCUCUCAAGCCACUUCCUCUCUUCUAGAAGACUCCAGAGUGUGUGUCUCAGAACCUGUGUGUGCGCCCGUGUAUCAGGAUGUAUCAGGGAAGGUGAUUCUGCUGAACAGGGUGUAUGUGUGUAGUCUUGCCUCCAACCAGGUGGUCAAGUGCUCCCUGUCUCCCCUUGCCCCCUGUUUUCCCCAUUAUUCUCUCCAAGGAGGCAGGAGGUCUGAGAUGUGCUGGGUGUGGCUUGCCAGGCAGCUAGAGGCUAGAGCUGGGGGUGAGAGGACAUGGCGCUGGGCCAGAGGUCCAUAGCCAACGGCUGCGGCCUGAAGCUCCCUGAAGCUUCUUUGCCCAAAACUUGGCCUCCAACCUGAACCGUAUCCAGUCAUGAGCUCCAGCUGUGGGCUUCAGACUGGCUCCGGGUCUGGGUGAAGAGACAGGAGCUGUGGAUGACGGCAGCGCAGGCCAGUGAGCCUCCCCGCCUUCAUCGAGGCUCUCUCACAGAGACACUGGGCCAACCUGUGGGGAGAGAACAAAGAGCCAGUGUGACUCCCCAGCCCCCUCCAGAGCAUCUCCUUCCAGGGGAGAAACCGCCCUGGAGGAUGCCAGAAGGAGAGGAGGGAAGGAGCCAAAGCCGAGCAGACAGUUGCUGGCGAGGAGGGGGGCCCAGGCCUGGCACCAGGCCUCCCCUGAGCUAGAUCAUCACACUGUCCCUUCUGCUCAUGGGUGGCAACUGGCCCAGGACAGCAACUGCCAUGCCAGCCACAGGAGGUGGAAGGACUCUGGGAGACUCAGAGGGAGAAAGGGACUGGCAUUUGGCCGUCCAGGUUUGCACGGUGCCUGGCAUGUGUGAACCCCUCAAUAAAUGUUGGUGGACCUGUA